AGUGUUACAUGUCAAAUGUCAAUCAUUAUUUACCAUUUUAAUUAAAAUAAUUGAAUUCAUUCAUUAUUUUCAAGAAGAUUUGUAUCAUGGAAAAAUCAUUUAUAGUAUAUGGUAUAGGGUUUCUUUUAACUUACAUAUUCUUCAAAUUUCGAAAAGGUCUAGUUUCAGGGAUGAACAGCAAAAGUUUAUUGAACAAAGUAGUUGUUAUAACUGGAGCAAGUUCUGGGUUAGGAGAGGCCUUAGCCCACCAAUUCUAUAAAGAGGGCUGCAUUGUUGUAUUAUGUGCUAGAAGGAGACAAGAGUUAGAUAGGGUUAAAAAUGAUUUAGUGAGCUUGCCUUGCUCUACACCAAAUCAUACGCCUAUUAUUGUACCUUUGGACUUGAGUGACAUAAACAGCUUACCUGGUGUAGUGGAUAAAAUUUUGUCCAUCACAAAAAAAAUUGAUAUUUUGGUCAAUAAUGGGGGAAUAUCACAUAGGGGCUCUGUUUUAGAUACAAAACUAGAGGUGGACAUGAAAAUUAUGACUGUGAAUUAUUUUGGAUCUGUAGCUCUUACUAAAGCUGUUUUACCAAGUAUGGUGAAAGAAAAAUGUGGAAGAAUAGUAUUUAUAAGCUCUGUUCAAGGCUUAAUAGCAAUACCCUAUCGUUCAUCCUAUGCAGCCUCAAAACAUGCCCUUCAAGCAUUUGCUGAUAGUUUGAGAGCAGAAAUUUCUCAUCAUAAUAUUGGGGUUACUGUUGCAAGUCCUGGAUAUGUUAAAACAGCACUUUCUAUGAAUGCUUUAACUGCAACAGGUAAAACAUAUGGUAAAAUGGAUACAGAUACUGAAGAAGGUUACACAUGUGAAUAUGCAUCACAAGCAAUUCUAAAAGCAGUUUUAGAAGACCAAAAAGAAGUUGUAAUUGCGAAUGUAACUGCUAAAAUUGGUAUAUUUUUGAGAAACUUCAUUCCUUCCCUUUAUUUUGUUGCAAUGGUUAAAAGAGCAAAGAAAUUGAUGCAAAAGUAACUUAUCCAUGAGUUUUAUAGUGGUGCAUUUUAUUACUUUCAUUAAAUCGCAUUCUAAGUGGACAACAAAUUAUUCAAUGCCUUCUUGGAAUGUUAUAUUGAAGGUGGUGGAGAUAAUAAUUCCUGUAAAUAUUCUUUUGUAUCCAUGGAAAUAUUUUAUAUAUAAGUUAUUUCAGAUAUAAGCAGUGCAUAAUAAAGAUACUGUCGAUGCUGAUUCAUUA